CGAAGUCAGAAGUCAGGACAGGAAGAAGCUGGUACCUCUUAUAUUAUAAUUUAGUGAACCACCCCUUUUCCAAAGAGGAUCCCAAAGGAAGACUGGUUGCCUCUUGCAAAUCUGAAAACCAUGGCUCAGGGAUUAGUGUCAUUCAAUGAUGUGACUGUGGACUUCACACAGGAGGAAUGGCAGCACCUGGAUCCUGCUCAGAAGACGCUAUACAUGGAUGUGAUGUUGGAAAACUAUUGCCACCUCAUUUCUGUGGGGUGUCACAUGACCAAGCCUGAUGUGAUCCUGAAGUUGGAACGAGGAGAAGAGCCAUGGACAUCGUUGACAGAAAAAAACUGGAAAGCUGAAGACAUUUUAGUGAAAUUCAAGGAACACCAACAUAAGUAUUCUAGAUCAGUUGUAUUCAUCAGUCACAAAAAACUGAUUAAGGAGAACAAUAAUGCAUAUGACAACACAUUUACUUUAAGCAAAAACCCUAUAAAUUCAAAAAAUCUAAUUCCUGAAUAUAACCAUCAUGGAAAGAUUUUUAAAAAUGUAUCAGAAUUAAUCAUCAGUAAUAUAAAUCCUGCAAGAAAGAGGCGUAGUGAGUAUGAUGGAUAUGAGAAGUCACUCUUUAGUGCUAAAUCAGAGACAGCUCACUAUGGAGUCAAAUCCCAUAAUCAAAAAGGUAGGGCUAUCAGUCAUAAUGAAGUUUGUAUGCAAUAUCAUAAGAUGGAAACUCCAGCUCAGUCAUUUGGAUAUAAUGACUGCGAGAAAUUAUUGCUUAAAAGAGGAAGCUUACUUACAUAUCAGAGAACAUACAUAAAAGAAAACACAUCGGAAUAUAAUAAAAGGAGAAGAGCAACUAAUAUUGAAAAAAAACAUAUUUGCACUGAAUGUGGAAAGUCCUUCUGCAGGAAGUCAGUAUUGAUUCUGCAUCAGGGAAUUCACACAGAGGAAAAACCCUAUCAAUGUCAUCAGUGUGGAAGUUCAUUUAGAAGAAAGUCAUAUCUCACUGAUCAUCAGAGAACACACACAGGAGAGAAACCCUUUGUUUGUAAUGAAUGUGGUAAGUCCUUUCGUCUAAAGACAGCUCUCACUGAUCAUCAAAGAACACAUACAGGGGAGAAAUCAUAUGAAUGUCUUCAGUGUAGGAAUGCUUUCAGAUUGAAGUCACAUCUCAUCCGUCAUCAGAGAACUCAUACAGGAGAGAAACCGUAUGAGUGUAAUGACUGUGGGAAGUCUUUCCGCCAGAAGACAACCCUCUCUCUACAUCAGAGAAUUCAUACAGGCGAGAAGCCUUAUAUUUGUGUUGAAUGUGGGAAGUCAUUUCACCAGAAAGCAAACCUUACUGUACAUCAGAGAACUCAUACAGGAGAAAAGCCUUAUAUUUGUAAUGAAUGUGGGAAAUCCUUUUCCCAGAAGACAACUCUUGCUCUUCAUGAGAAAACUCAUAAUAAGGAGAAACCCUAUAUUUGUAAUGAAUGUGAAAAGUCCUUCCGCCAGAAGACAACCCUUGUAUCACAUCAGAGAACACAUACUGGGGAAAAAUCUUAUGAAUGCCCUCACUGUGGGAAGGCCUUUAGAAUGAAGUCAUACCUCAUUGAUCAUCACAGAACUCACACAGGAGAGAAACCAUAUGAAUGUAAUGAAUGUGGGAAAUCCUUCAGUCAGAAGACAAACCUCAAUCUACAUCAGAGAAUCCAUACAGGGGAAAAACCCUAUGUUUGUAAUGAAUGUGGGAAGUCCUUUCGCCAGAAAGCAACCCUCACUGUACAUCACAAAAUACAUACAGGUCAGAAAUCCUAUGAAUGUUCUCAGUGUGGGAAAGCCUUUAGUAGGAAAUCCUAUCUUGUUCAUCAUCAAAGAACUCAUACAGGAGAGAAACCAUACAAGUGCAAUGAAUGUGAAAAGUGCUUCCGCCAGAAGACAAAUCUCAUUGUACAUCAGAGAACUCACACAGGGGAGAAACCCUAUAUUUGUAAUGAGUGUGGUAAGUCCUUUAGUUAUAAGAGAAACCUCAUUGUCCAUCAGAAAACUCACAAGGGAGAAAAAAUGGACAUGCAAUAAAAUGUGAUUUCUUUGGGAAACCUUCCUUCCCAAGUUAUUGUAAAAUUUUAGUUUUUAAAAUAAUGCUAAUGUCAUUUUAAUCACAGAUGUUAUUAAUUUAAAGUAUCAUACAGCGUAACUUUUUUACUGCUUACUAGCAUAAAAAUAGGUAUGAUUAUUGUUACUGAACUCUAUCAGCAAUGAAUCUAAUUUUUGUUUUCAAGUUCUGCUGACUCAAUUUACUUUUUAAAAACUUACACAUGGAGAGGCAAGAUUUUUAAAUGGCUUAUAAGCAUUAGUCUCCAUAAGAGAAAUGAAAUAUGAACUAUAUUUCUCAUUGCAUUCAGUGAAAAGAAAAAACCCGUAGUUAUUACUUCCCCAAAGAUUAUCACUUCCCUGGCUUAUAACAUCAUGAAGUAGUUUUUGCAUGUCUUUACCUAAUUUUAUCAUGCAUCAUGAAUUCUUUUGUGUCUUUUUUCAUUCAACAUUCUGAAGAUUCAUACAUUAUUGUAUGUGGCAGUAGUGUUUUCAUAUUCAUUUUGUAUAGUAUUCCACUUUAAGAAUAUCCUGAUGUUUAUCCUCUUGAUAGUUAUUUGUAUUUUUUUAUAAUUUUGUGUUAUAAUAAAGUUACUAUUAUAAG